AUGGAUGUCAUAGGACCCAUUGAGCCUUCGGCUUCCAACAGAUAUCACUUCAUCUUAGUCGCCAUCGACUACUUCACCAAAUGGGUAGAAGCAACUUCCCACAAAUUAGUGACCAAGAAAGUCGUGGCUGACUUCGUCAAGAACAAUCUGAUAUGUCGUUUCGGUGUGCCAGAAUCCAUCAUUACAGAUAAUGGUGCCAAUCUGAAUUGCCAUUUGAUGAAGGACAUCAGUGAACAAUUCGAAAUCACUCACAAGAACUCUAUCGCCUAUCAGCCACAGAUGAAUGGAGCCGUAGAGGCUGCCAACAAGAACGUCAAAAGGAUCUUGAGGAAGAUGGUCGACAACUAUAAGAAAUGGCACAAGCAGCUGCCUUAUGCUCUGUUAGGAUACAAAACAACAACUAGAACUUCUACUGGGGAGACCCCAUACCUCCUCGUUUAUGGUACAGAAGCGGUCAUACUCGCAGAAGUGGAGAUCCCUUCACUCAGGUUCAUCCAAGAGGCAGAGUUGAAAGUUGCAGAAUGGGUCAGAAACCAUUAUGAACAGCUAGCCAUUAUAGAGGAAAAGAGAAUGGUGGCGGUGUGCCAAGGACAGCUGUAUAGACAAAGGAUGUGUAGAGCCUUCAAUAAGUGGGUCAGAACUCGACUUUUCCAUACUCAAGUAUGGGCAACUCAUACUCAAGUGAGUCUUCCCUCACUAGGAGGAAUAUAA